AAGCUGUUCUCAUGGCCCCUCUUUUCCCCCCGAAACAGGGGGGGCACCCACUCCAAGGUGGUGCUGAUAUCGGAAGAUGGCAAGAUCCUGGCAGAGACCGACGGGCCCUGCACUAACCAUUGGCUGGUCGGCUCGGACAAAUGCCUGGAGAGGAUCAACGAGAUGGUCAGCGAGGCCAAAGGGAAGGCAGGCGCCAACCCGCAGGUCCCCCUCCGCUCGCUGGGGCUGUCUCUGAGCGGGGGCGAGCAGAAAGACGCCAUCAAGAAGCUGGUGGAGCAGCUGCAGACCCGGUUCCCGCAGCUGAGCGAGGCCUACUACAUCACCACGGACGCCAUCGGGGCCAUGGCCACGGCCACCGACCACGGCGGCGUGGUGCUGAUCUCGGGAACCGGCUCCAACUGUAAACUCAUCAACCCCGACGGCGGGGGGGGGGGUCACAUGAUGGGAGACGAGGGGUCAGCGUUCUGGAUCGCGCACCAGGCCGUGAAGAUCGUGUUCGACUGCCUGGACAACCUGGAGGCGCCUCCCCAUGACAUCGGCUACGUCAAGCAGGCCAUGUUCGAUUACUUCCAGAUCUCGGACCGGAUGGGCCUCCUGACGCAUCUCUACCGCACCUUCGAGAAAUCCAAGUUCGCGGGAUUCUGCCAAAAGCUCGCAGAAGGUGCCCAGGCCGGAGACCCUCUGUGGUUCCUCAGAGUCCUGAACCAGGCCCGGGAGAAGGAGCCGCGCUGCAGCUUCUCCAAGUUCAGCCUCUUGAAGCUGAAGCACUCGUCGGCGCUGGGCGGAGCCAGCCUGGGGGCCAAGCACGUAGGGCAGGCCCUGCCCCUGGACUACACUGCCAAUGUGGCGACAAGUGGGAAAGACACCAAGUCUGUUCACAGUGGAAGGAAGAUGAACGACAUGUGGUGA